GUGCCCAACGUUUUUAUCACUUUCAUCGUUUUCUGCCCUCUAUUCGCCACUUGGUCCACAACCCCACAAUCCUUACUCCAGAAAAUUUCCACCCUUUAAUGAAAAUCCUCUGACAGGAGUACCGAAACGUGGGUCAAGUCAGAUAUAUUACAGCUUUCCUUGGAGCUUCGAUCCUGCGAUCUCCCCUCUCAGGUCAUCAAUCCGUAGCCAGAUAUAAUCUUCUAUUUUGGCUUUUAGAUAGAGUGCUUCUUUAUUCUCGGAUUUCCUAGACCUUCCAAUAGAAACCGAGAGGGAGAAGAAGAAGAAAAAAAUCACACCUUGGUUCGGUAUUCUUCUCUCACUACCGGGAAAACUCAAGUCUAGCACAGGAACAAUUAAUUCCUUCUGAUUUGCAAUUAUGAAUUGCCCGACCCGAGAUCCAGAGCCCACUGGGAAUCCAUUCUUCAACCAGAAUCCUCCGGCGCUCGACAAAACUCUAACUACGCGCUCAUCCCUCGUAUGUGGCGGUGGCAGUCUUAGCGAUGAUGAGUAUAACCUGGGCUUACAUAUUAUGGCAUUGUUUCUCGUCCUGGCUCAAUCCUCGUUUGCAUGUGCGUUUCCGCUAAUUGCGAAAAAAUUUCCCCGCCUCCGCAUUCCCCCAUCCUUCCUCUUCGGCGCUCAUCACUUUGGUACGGGAGUCCUUAUUGCAACUGCGUUCGUCCACCUUCUCCCUACGGCCUUCAUCUCUCUCACCGAUCAAUGCCUUCCGGGAUUUUGGAAUAGCACUUAUCCUGCUAUGGCAGGGGCGAUCGCCAUGGUGGCUGUAUUCUUUGUUACUAUCGUUGAAAUGGUAUUCACUAAGGGGCUUUGCAAAGGGGGAUGUUCAGACACGAACCAGCGAGAUGUGAGAUGCGAGGCUGGUGAUAGCUACUGCAAUGCUAGGGAUGCUGAUGAGGAAUAUGGGGGAGCGGAUAAGACGGGUCAAAAGCGGUGCGACGGCGAAAGGUUGGGGACGCCUGGGAGCGAGGAGAUAGGUGGGAAAGGCGGGGUUGGUAGGAUGGGAUUUGGGAUGGCUGGGAAACGGAGGUCCCGGUCUCACUCGGUUGGCCAACGAUUACAAAAGUAUGAGGAAAUGGAAAAGAAAGGGAGGCAAGACCAGACACUGCCCGGGGUCGCUCAACUGACGCCGGAGCAAAUUCACAAGAAGGCGCUACUUCAGUGUGUAUUGUUGGAAAUGGGAAUUCUCUUCCAUAGCGUAUUUAUUGGAAUGGCGUUGAGUGUCACUAUCGGGCCUGGAUUUGUCAUCCUUCUGAUUGCCAUUAUCUUCCAUCAAACCUUUGAAGGACUAGCCCUUGGCUCUCGUAUUGCCGUUUUGAACUGGAAAGCUGAUGCUGUCCAGCCCUGGCUUAUGGCAGUUGCAUAUGGCUUGACUACGCCUGUCGGUCAGGCCAUCGGUCUUGCAACUCAUACUCUAUACUCCCCAUCAAGCCAAACAGGUCUUUUAAUGGUUGGAAUAAUGAACGCAAUUUCAUCUGGUCUGCUCGUAUUCGCCGGCCUUGUAGAACUCCUCGCAGAAGACUUUCUCAGCGAUGAGAGUUGGCUUGUGUUAACAGGGAGGAAGCGAAUUAUAGCGUGCAUAUAUGUUAUGGCUGGGGCAUUCGGGAUGGCUUUUGUGGGAGCUUUUGCUUGAGGAAUCCUUGUUUUCUUUCCCUUCAACGCUCGUUUCUCCUGGGGAUUUUCCUAUUUGUUCACGAUAUUACGCCGAGUAACGGUGAUUCUUGAUUGGUUUGACUAGUUUGGGUUAAAUCUCUUUAGUCACGCGCAGGGCAGUACAGGUAUUUGGAUCAUAGGAAAAUAAAAGCAAAGGAUUUAUGUACAGCAAAGCAAAACAAA